UUGGCCAAGCUCAGUUGAAAUAAAGACGUGCUGUACGAAACGAAUCGCGCCAGGAAACUGGAGCUGCAACCCUCCGCUGGAUUGAAGCAUGUCCUUCAGUGCCAGCGUUUCCAAACAAAGCGAGACUCUCGUCACCGUGAACUGGAAUUGCAACCACGCGCCGGAAAUACAAAAAUCUGGCCCUCAUCAGGUGAAUCGCACGCACGGAUAUUCGUACACCUACUAUUUUGAGUUGCAAUGCAACUUGUCGUGGGUUCCUAAAAUCGGUCCCAAUCAGACCCCCCAAAAAAACAGCUUCCAGUUUCUUCUGACAAAACGACCCGGCCAAAAUGAUGGAUCGAAUCCAACCAAUGACGGCGAUGCUAUACCGGAUUACUAUCGUCUACCGUGCGACAUGUGGUUGACUCUUAGCAACGUUGGGACCAAACAUUUUUUAAAAAAAUGUCCUGUAAAUCGAUGGAAAUCGAAAAAAAUUUCGAUUCCGACUCCAUCGCAUUAUAGCGCCUUUAGUGGUGUUCUUUCGAUCAAAUUCAACUCCAUCGGUAUUGGCGAACUGAACGCUGUCAGACGCAUGGCGGAGCUACUUGUCCAGCAAACACGGUGCGACGUCCAAUUCAUUUUUGAAAGCGGUCGCCGCAUCGGCGGCCACGUUGCCAUCCUAUCGGAAUCCAGUCCCGUAUUCGAAGCCAUGUUCACCAACGACAUGGUGGAGGCUAAAACGGGCCAAGUCGUCAUCGCCGACAUCCACGCAGACACUUUUAAAGAGCUCCUGCAUUACAUUUAUGCCGGCCAUACUUGCACUCCGUUGACUGAACACACGGCCCAGUCAUUGUACGUGGUGGCCGAGAAAUACGACAUUCAAGAUCUACGAAAGGAGUGUUUAGAAUUUCUACUGUCCCACAUACAAAUGAAUAAUGCCAUCAACUUGAUGAUCUGGGCCGAUGGCCAUUCGAUCGACGAAAUUAAGCAGGCGGCUCUGAAAUUUGUGGCUGAAAAUUUCAGAACAAUUUGUUCAACGACCGAGUGGGAGAUCUUAGUGAAACAUCAUCCCGAGCUUUGUCUCCUCGCCACUCGAAUGAUGAAAUAAACAUCUCCCGAUUGCGGUAAUAGCCCCCCCCCCCAUUUUUGUAUACGACACAAUUUUCUUUCCAUUGGUUUUUUAUGCAACCCACGUUGAAUUUCAUUUGCAAAUGUCUGAUGAAAAUAAAGAGCCAAAUUCAUAUUCAAAAGAA